AUGGCGAACGCUGAAGUGGAAUGCAUCGUGAGAGAUACUCGGGAGCUGAUGUUUCAGAUCGGAAGCGGUGAAAGGCGUGUUGAUGAAAUGAUACGACGCGUGAAUGCUGUUAAUGAAAAGAUGGCUUGCAUGAAAGAAUACCAAAACAUCAUAAGUAAUAUCAACACAUUCACCGUUAACGGGUCUCGAAGAGCAGUCCUUCUGGAAGAAUUGCAAAGAGAGAAUAGGCAAAUUCUUGCGUAUCAUGAGGAAAAUCGAAACCUUCGCGAAGCCAUCAACGAAUCCAUGGAGACUUUGAGGACAGUUAUGACUAGACAUCGCAAUGUCAUGGCAAGGCUGAACAGGCUCAACAAGCAACCGUCGUUCAAAGAUGUUACAAAAUUAUUCCCGGAAAAAAUGGACGACACGGCUGAGGACAAAGAGCGUUUUAGAAAACUUGUCGGUGAUCUAUCCAAUUUCAUGAAAGGUUGUGAAGAUUCCACUUCUGCUGAUGUACAGAAAUUGUCCCAGCUUUUGCAAGAAAAUCAAGUUUUGCGCGAGAUGCUGUCGACAGCAGCCAUUUCUACUCCUGGCAUCAAACAAACAUUUGCAAAAGCAUUGGUUAAGUGGAAAGCAAUAAAGCAGGCUAGGUUAGCUAACGGUGUCCCAUCUGGUUCCGACAAUGACAGCGGAGACGAGUUGAAUAAAACAAUGUUUGAGGUACCCGUAGAACGAAAGGACUGAGAACUUUCCAUGUAUAUACAUAUGAAUUAUAUAACCAUCAUCA